AUGGAAAAAAUUGUGAUUUUAUUAACGCUUGCACUUUGUGGUUGCAACGCGUUGUAUAUUGAUGACUUAAUAACUAAUCGGAUUACCAAUGCCGAGGUGGCUCCGAUUGAAAAUUUUAAUUAUUCGAUUUCAUUGCAAAGGCUGUCAGAAUUGGCCCAGCCAACACGCGGUCACGUAUGCGGUGGAGUUUUAAUAACCCUUCAACAUGCACUGACAGCAGCAACGUGUGCAUUUCAAGUGAUCAAUGGGGUUUUAUUCCAAAUAGACGUCUCCCAGCACAGAGUAUUUGCGGGUGCAACUAUGCUGACAAACGACACUGAUACUAACCGCAUUAGACCCAUAGCUAACAUAACUAUUCAUCCCGGAUAUAUUCAUCCCCCGUCAUCGCUCAACAAUAUUGCUAUCAUCACUCUUACCACGCCCUAUUUGAACACAAUAGGAACACCAUUGGCCCUGCCGGCAGCAAACUUUGAUCCUGCAGACUUCACCGUUUGCCAAAUCGCUAGCUGGGGAGCUGAGUCUAUCCAUGAAAAUGCAAGUGUUUCGUUACGUGCCACUAACAAAUUUAUCUACAGCCAUAACCUCUGCAGGAGUGUAUACAGCCAAAGGCCAUUUACCGUUAACGUAUUUCCCAGUAUGAUUUGUGCGGCGACAUUAGACGUAGUUUCUUCAGGUUGCUAUGGGGAUGAAGGUGUACCAUUAGUAUGUAACGGGGUCCUUACCGGAAUUUUGUUCGAAACUAAUCAAUGUGCCUUUGCUGCAAGUCCUGAAGUUUACACCCGUGUUUCGAACUAUACAGAGUGGAUCCGAAGCAUCAGUGGGUCACCGGGACUCCGCCCUGAAAUAUCUUUCUUAGGAGUUGUAGCUAUUGUUAUUGCUAUGUUUGUUAGUAAGGUAUAA